AUGGUUUGUAAUAAGCAAUACUUUGCCAUCCCUUGCAAACAAACCGCUGUGAUCAAUUCCGAAUUGGCUAGUCAACCAGAUGUACUUCUUCAAUCCGCCUACGAUUUGAGUCGCCGAAUGAACUUAUCCGUACACCGAUUCUACCUCUACGUCGAAUCCCUCAUUCCGCAACUCAGUUCACAGUUGACCUGUGCUCUCACACACUCUUCCGGUUCGGUAGGGCCUGCGAAACCAUCCUUCCCGUCUGUCAUUUUACCCGUGAUUGCGGUCACAGUGGCACAACUGAUGCAGAUCGGUAGCUUACUGGAAAUUCUGUUCCACACGACACAGUCAGUGAUGGAAGUGAUACGCGCCAAUUCUUCGCGUCUCUACGAAGGACACUUACCUCAACUCACAUCAAAUUCGUUGCCCGUGCUUGCAUCGGAACUGAAUAGUAAUAAUUGUAACAGUAGUAGUUGUAUUGCAGUGACCUCGAACCAGCCCCCCUCGAUGCUUCCCAUACUCAAGAUACGUUUGCCCAACGGAGUUCGAUUGUCUCGUAUUAUGGGAUGUUUAAAACGGUUGCUUGCUCUUUUGGAAAAGACGCGAUCCUUGAUUCCGGAAUCUAUCCAAACAUGCACCGAGUUGUGCAUAACAUACUUUCGCUUAACCCUCGAGCGAAACCAUACCCAACAUGCAGAGAUGGAUGCCUGCCGGACGGGCCGUACUCCCGUGUGGCAAACAUCCGCAUUUAUGGAUACGUUUGUACGGGACCUGUUGAGCACCAUUCCACCCUGUCUGGAAGAAGUUGAACUCAUAGAUCACAUCAAAUUGGAUCGCGAAGAGAGGGCAACCAAAGUAUCAAAUGUCUGCUCUGCCAUCUGCGGUUUCCAUCAAAUUAUCUACAAUCAGGUGAUCGGCAAAUUGUUUGCCCAAUUCUGUUCAGAAUGGUUGUCGUGCAUCGCCUCCACACCGGAUCUUCUGUCCAUGUGA